AUGCCUUCUGAGUCUCAUCCUAAUGGUGGCCAGUUGCCUCUGGCAAACCCGGACACCCUUACCUCUUUAUCCAACGGAUCAACAGAACUCACAAAACGCCCUUCGCUAUUCAAAAAUGCUAAAAGCAAGCUCAAGUUGUUUAACCACUCUUCGACAAACCUUGCUUCCCAACAACUGGGCCAUAAAUCCCCAGUAGCAGCAGUGUCCCACAAUGAUUCAUUACCAAAUAACCUGCCGGACUUGGUGCCCCAGCGCACAAAUCAGUCUCUAAAAUCCCUUACCAAGAAAGUGUCAUCCAUGACGUUGUCAAAGAAAGAUGACGAUGAUCACAAUAAUAAUCAUUCCGCCAAUACCUCUAGACAAGCCUCACGAGGUCACACCAAUGUGGGGUCUGCUUCUACUGGUGUGACUACCGCAGGGACCUCUUCUCUUAAAUCAGUCGACAAGUCAUCGAUCCUUCGGUCCGAUUCCUUACCUACCAACAAUAGCUCUCGUAUAAGGGAUCACCAUCCUCAUCACCAUCAUCCUCCUCCCCAUUUCUCUCACCAACAAUCAAUAUCACAAACUCCAUCCCCAUCGGAUCAAAAUUCAGCAGUGCAUCACCAUCAUCAUGGCAUUGCAAAGCCCCAUAUUGGGCUCAAGCGGUUUUUCAAAAAAUCCGCCAAGAAAGCUGCAGAUAACGUGUCUCUUCAAACUUCAUCGUCUGCCCAAGCUUCAUUUGUCGAUUCUAAAUCUUCUGGGUCAAAAGCUGCGAAAUCUCUUCAACAGCAUCUUCAACUUCACAGUAAGGAAUCAACUAACAGCUCUCAGUCCCGUCAACAGAGUCGCUCGACUCAUAAUGGCACUAAUGCCGGAGAUAAGAUUUUGUUUGAUGGCGAAUCGGUUUCUGAAUUGAUUGAAAAAUACGGUAAUCCUGGUAAGUUACUUGGUGAAGGUGCUGGAGGCUCAGUUUCUGUGGUUGAAAGACCUAGUGACGGUGGUCUCUUUGCCGUCAAGAAAUUCCGUCCAAAGAAUGCCAAGGAAUCUACCAGUGAUUACAACAAAAAAAUCACUGCUGAGUUUAUGAUUGGAUCUACUUUACAUAAUGAAAAUGUCAUUGAAACUUUUGAUAUUCUUAAAGAAUCAAAGACCAACAUUUUGAUCGUCAUGGAAUAUUGUCCAUAUGAUUUCUUUACAAUUGUUAUGAGUGGGCUUAUGACAAAAUACGAGAUUUUUUGUUAUUUCAAACAAAUUAUUAAUGGAGUUAACUACCUUCAUUCGCUCGGGCUUUCUCAUCGUGAUUUGAAACUUGAUAAUUGUGUGGUGAAUAAGUUUGGGAUUCUUAAACUCAUUGAUUUCGGAUCGGCAGUGGUGUUCCGUUAUCCAUUUGAAGAAGAAAUUGUCAAAUGUAAAGGGAUUGUGGGGUCUGAUCCAUAUUUGGCCCCAGAAGUGCUUACUACCAAGUAUUACGAUCCUCGACCAUCCGAUAUUUGGUCAAUUGCUAUAAUCUUUUGUUGUAUGGUACUUAAAAGAUUCCCAUGGAAGUGUCCAAAGCUCAGCGAUAAUAGUUUCAAGAACUUUGCCUCUGAUCCAUCGAUUGUUGACGACGCCAAUGGUGGUACCGACUUACCACAACCACCGGAAGCCAUUGAUUUGAACCGUCGUCAGAAAUACGAUGAAAACGGUAACUUGAUAAUCAUUAAAAAUAAAGCUAAGGGUCCGUAUCGAUUACUUCGACUUUUACCCCACGCGUCGCGUGAUUUGAUUGGCAAGAUGCUCGAGCUCGAUCCAAAAGGACGUAUUUCUCUUCCUGAUGUUUUGAAACACGAAUGGUAUAAACUGAUUGAUCAUUGUCAUUGUCAUAACGACACUAUUGCCUCUAAAAUUGCCGCAUUGAAGGACUCUGACAUUUCCAAAGAGGAACUCGAGGAUAAAAUGAUUGAUAUCCAAAACGAAGUAGUUUCAGAAAACAUUGGCGAACUUGAAAAGGAGAAAUUGAUCAAAAAACAAUUCAAAAUGUUGGAUAUCAGUGAUACCGAGGAGACCAAAGAAGGUGAGACCAAACGGACCCGGAAAAGUAUUUUGGAAAGUUACUCCAAGCAGGAUUUGGAAUUUUUACAAAAUUUUUACAAAAGUAAGAACCAUAAACAUCAUUUAAUCACCGAAGAUGAAUUGGAAAUGUUGAAAUUACAUAAACAGUGA